CCAUCGCCUAUUUAAUCCGCGUCGACUCCAUCCGAUUACGGGACCAGCACCGUCAAAGACCGUCUCACCAAUGCUGAUCACGACAAUCGCUCUCCUCGCCGGCGCAAGCACCGCUUCAGCCGAGACUAGCUUGAGCUUCUUCUUCCCCAAAACGAAGCUUUGGUGGGGAAACCCAGCAAAGGCAGAAGUGUCCGUCAUCGCAGUCGACGGCAACCGCACCACAGUCGAGUUCUCGUGCAUCGACUCUACAUCUUCCGCCCCCGAUCCCGCUUCGGGGAUUGCUCGUCGCAAACUGCCCGGCGUCUCUACCUUUGACGAAAAGUGCUUCAUCGACCCCUACACCUCCCAGAUCGUAACGCUCGCGCCUGGCUACUACGAGGCGGAAAGGACGAUCAGGUUUGAUCAGGAUGAGCCUGGAACUGGCAUAUGCACUUCUUCGGGCAAAGACGGUGUGUGCACGCAAAUAUACAGUGCAAGGGACCAUUUUAGCAGCGUUUGCGAAAGGUUGUUAUUGAACUCGCCAAAAUCCGAGGAUUACAACGAGAUGUCGAGCUGCAUCAGCUCCUUCUCGGCCUCGAUCGGCAGCGCGCAGGUAAGAGAGUACGGGCACAAGGACCUCCCGCUUGACUCGAUGACGACCUGGGCGGUACGCAUCACGGGCGGAGCCGAGAAGCUGGCCGCUGCCGCUACUGCUACUACUACUACCAGCACUGCGGAAGCCGGCGCGGCCGCGUCGACGGCGGGGGGGACGACGGCGUCGGCUACUGGCGGCGCGUCAGCUUCUGCUUCUGCUUCCUCGGCCUCGGCUACCUCGCCAACGGAUGCCGCAUCGGGAGCUGCAGUCUCGAGCACAGAGGCUGCUGGCGCGGCGCAAGAUACGGGAAAUGCUGCCCCGGCAGUACGUGCGGGCGUGGCGCAGGUGGCUGUGGCGGGGUUGGUGAUGGCGGCGAUGGCACUCUGACGGAAUAUACACCGGAAUCUUCACAGUCGUCCAUGGCAGAGGCAGCUUUGCUGUGAUGGGGACGUGUUCGCCGUCGUCUUGUGGGUAUGGAGACGGACUGGGUGCGGCGAGAUGCUCGGAUGGCUAGGGUUUUGGACCAGUCGGACGCCCUCGUAUGGAAACGGUGUCUAUGCUUGAUGAAGGAGUUACCUAUACAUGUAUUAGGGCGUUGGACAAAAAAGGUUACGAAGUCGACUUUCGCAUGUAAGUGCCUGUAUGCUCCAGUUGGACAAGGUAGGUUGAGGCAGUAUUAUGCUGUAAUUACUUUUUCUCUUUCUGUUUCUUUUUGUGACGAUCGCCAGCUCAGUGGCAGUCUCUAUGUGCGGAAGCAAUGCCUUCGCUUCCAGAAGUGUUAGAUUUCAACAUUUUUAAUAGAAAG